AUGCACACUAUCAAGUGGAAACGUUCUCAAAACGCAACCUCAAAACAGAAAAAGGACUCCUCAUCCACCACCAUCACUCCUGCUGCCGCACUCGCCCCUACAUCCACCACUUCUUCCUCCUCUUCCUCCUCCUCGUCUGCCCCAUCUCCAUCUGCAAAUACCGCCACCGCCACAGCAGUUGCCACCACAACAAUCACCGGCGCCGCAGCCACCUUCCCCUCCAACCUCUUCUCUCACUACCGCUCUACUUUCACACAACAUCAACAACAGCCUGACAACAAAGUCGUCCAGUUCUCGGUCGCCCUGACAAUCCCUGAGAUCAUCCUCGCCAUUGCCGCAUUCCUCAACCGGUCCACCAUCGCCCAAUGCGCCGUCGUCUGCAAGGAUUGGCACACCAUCUUCCAACCUCUCCUCUUCCGCAUCAUCAAGACUGCCGACUUUGACCAGCCAGACUUUGUUAGCUCCUUCUUGAACUAUACCCGCUUCGCUACCUCCAUCGAAUGGUUCCAAGAGAUAUCCCCUUCUCCUUUUGCCAGUGGUGCUGGUACGGUGCCUAAGAAGCAGGCGUGGCAUCGGAUCUUUGGAAAGAAGGCCUCGGUUCGACCCUUGACGGAUCCUUGGAAACCGUUUGAGCAGCUCAAGUUGAUCCUCCAGGCUGAUGAGACACCAGCGUUGGAGACCUUGUCGGUGAGGAUUCAUAACUUGGAUCCGAAUAUUGUUCUAGGCUUGAGGGCGCCGACGGUGACGACCCUGCAGAUUGGGACGAGGGGGUACCCUGCGCGCAAGCCCAAGGUGUCGAUGGAGAAUAUUCUCAGAUCCUUUCCAAGCCUUGUUCACCUGACCCUCGAGGGCUUGUUUACAUUGAGCUCUCAAGUUGCAGAUGGUUCUCGCCCUUCCCAUGCCCCCGAUGCUGUUGUUGGAGGGAACGAAUCAUCAUCGCCGUCGUCCUCUGUAUCUCAGCCACAACAACAGACACAGGGCAUGUCGACUAUGCCUCUCCCCCAAGCUCCUGUAGUCACCCCCUAUCCUCCACCCGCCGCACUUGCAGCUCCAGCACACACAACGACCAUUGCCGGAAUGACUAUUUCGGGCCCAUUCCCCGUCACCCCUACGCUGCCAAUUAUCCCCUCAUCUUCCCCUUCAUCCUCUUCCCUUUCGACCAACACGGCCCAGACAACAUCAUCGAUCGAAUCACUCAGUCUCCGCCUCGUCGACAUCUCCCAAGACCACCUCCUCGCCCUAGCGCGCCAAAUGCCCCGGCUCUCCUCCCUCCUCAUCGAAGAGUUCCUAGUCCCGGACAUGAUGAUCAAGAUCUAUCGCUGGACCUGGUCCAAACAAUUCAUCCACUCCCUCCGCGACUCUAUCCCCCACCUCACCUCCAUCCGCAUGGCCUUUCCAUUUGAUACCAUCAAGGAGGAUACCAUCAUCGAGAUUCUGAAGAGUUUCCCGUUGUUGACGACGGUCGGGUUCCGAAACUCGUUUUUUGGAACGCGUGCUUUAGAGGUGAUGCAGGAACAUUGCAAGUUUGUCGAGUGUUUAGACGUCAGUUUUGGGAACUCGAGGGGGUUUAAGGGUGCAUUGAUACAGUUCUUGCAGACUUGGACGAGGUUGAGGGAGUUUGAGGCUGAUGGGGUUGUGUUCUCGCUCGAUAGACCCGUCGACGAUGGCGUCCCCCGGAGACCCUGGGCGUCUACCAGGCUAGAGAAGCUCGUCUGUGGGUUCAGUGGGACCGAAUCUAUGAUCUUCCAGCAUCUUUCUCAACUGCCUCUUCUCACAAGUCUGACGAUCUCAUACCCAUCCAUCAGUAUUACGCCGAUCGAGACGACGUUGGCGUGGAUGGCGAAAUCAACAAGGAUAGAGUACUUUUGGUUCCCGCAGGUGCGCCAUGUGGCUGUGGAGAAGUCAUCGGUGUUGUGGAUUUUGGAGCAUUGGCCAGAGUUGAAGACGUUGCAUGUUGCCGGGGGGUUGGUUUCGCAGAAGGAGAUUGUGAAGCAGUGGUGUCGGGAGGCGGGGAGACCAAAUCUUGUUGUUGAAUUUGAUCGUGUGUAA